GCGAUAACCCGAGUUUAUGUAUGUCUGUUUGCAUUAAUGAAGAAGGUAGACGGAAAGAGAGAGCCAGUAUGCAAGUUAAUAAGAAAGAUAUUUCCUCUGUAUAUACUGUUUAUAAUGCUAGAGAGUAUAUGUAUUAGACUUCGUAGUAUACUGGGUGUCUCUACGUGAUGUUUACGUCUCUGUGGUGUAAGGUUUUGAGGAAGGAAGAAUGAAAGAAAGAGUAAAAGAUAAGGGAAAACAACCUUCGAGACAAGAUCCUAAUAUAGAGUUAUAUUCAAUUGAAUAUUUUCGAAUAAUUCUUGAGGCAACACAAACCUUCCUUUGUCCGUUCUUCAGAUUCUUUUUAUAGGCCCUAAUUAUAUUUUAUUAACAAAAUUAGGUGACUAUAAUAGUAAAGUUACUACAUAUUCCUUAUAUCCUUUUGUCUAUAUAUUACGGUCUUGCUAAAACCCGAUAUUAUUUAUAAUAUAAUGAUUAACGUAAGAUAGGAUACUAAUUGUUUUCCAUUUUUUUUUCCCCCAUGCAAACUUUUUUCUUUUCUUCUCAGAGUCAAGGCAACUUUGAAGAAAAACGAUCUCACGCUAAUUGCUAUACAAACCUAAUUUUCUUCGACUUUCCUUCUUCUAAAUAAUUAUAUAGAUAAAGUGUUGUAAUAAUGAUCAUUCCAUUAGGAAAAAUUUUGUAGAGUUAAACAAAAAAAGAAAAAAAAAACAGGAAAAAAAAACUACAAAGACAAAAUUAAGGAAAAAAGAACCCUCAUACCAGUAUAUUCUAUUUCGUUAGCGAAUCACGAUAUACGGGAAGAAGUCAAGCAAAUUAAUUAAAUCAGGCCUAUAGCUUUCCUAUCCGCCUCUUUCCUUCUCUCUCUUCCUCUCUUUCUCUCUUUCUCUCUGUCUUUCCUUCGCUCCUAACACACUAGCUUUCUCUGUCUCUCUUCUCUAUUUUUUUUCAUUUCUCUCUCUCUCUCUCUCUUGGCUACCUAUCUUCUUUUAUCAUUUUAUCUCCAUUACUUAACUAUAUAAACCUAUACUAUAUUCAGUUUUUUUUUUACUAGUUCUACUAGUUACGUCCCAAGUUGACCCUUUUUAUGUAAAAGUGCAAAGUAAUAAUAAAAUUAACUACUAUACAGUAUGUCUAACAGACUCACUAUCCAGUUUAUUUCAACUCCUGUGCCUUCUGUCUAUAUCUUUACGAUUCCCUUACUCUUUAGAAACGUAUGACGUGAGCUUAAUAAAAGGAUUAGAUUAGGUUUGAAAAAUACACUCCUCCUACCCUUUACUAUUACCCCAAUAGAUAUUGAGAAUACGUGUCAGGCAUUACGGUUCGUGAUAAUCCAACUAAAAACCUAAUUCUUUACUAGAAUGACGACGACGAAUGCGACGGCGGCGUCGGUUUGGAUAGGUGCUGCAGCAUCAGGUGUCUAUUUGGUAACUGGGCUCGUGGGUGCCGCUGAAAAUAUCUGCCUACUGUGUUGCCAAUUGGUUAGACCAUCUCUACGAUCGGGACAAUAUGUGUAUGUUUAUAGUUUGGCUGUAGCCAAUUUGAUACUCUGUCUGGCUGAGACGCCAUUAGUUAUUUUCACAUUCUUCUCCUCCCCUCUACCACAAGCCUUCCACUCUGCCAAGGACGCUAUCCUCUAUCUCCCGCUUACAGUAAUAGUGUUGUGCAGUUGCAGUGUCGCAGUGAAUAGAUUGGUAGGCGGCGUCCGGGAAUACUGGCUACUGGUUACUGCCUGUUGCGUGUGGGUUGUUUCUAUAUUAGUAAGCCUGCUGGUACCGAUUAAUAGUCGAUUAUCUAGUAGAACACUUACUGCACUAUACGCGUUAAUACUUCUAGCCACCCUAAUUGGCCUAAUUGCAGUCAGUUUGAGGGAUAAGAAGAAUCUUGAUAAGAUUCUUGAACCCCCCAAAAAGUCUUCGGACCAUAUCGAACAAGAACCUGAUGCUACAACGCCUUCUGAUAUUAGUAGACCGCAACUAACUGAGACUUUAUUAACUCGUCAUCUAAAUAGGAUUCAAGAAAAGAGCAAAUCAAAUAGUGACGAUGAGGAAGAGGCGGAAGAAUUAGACUCUUUUGACCUUAAAAUGAGAAUGAAACAGGCUCAGAAAUCUGCCAGACGGCACACGGUCGCUAAUAUAGGCCUAGGUGACGAUUGCCUACCAGUUUCCGGUAAACUUGGCAGGAAAUUGGUUGCUAAUAAUAAUUCGAAAGAGACGCCAGCAGCUGCGUCGAGUAAUUUUAAUUAUAACUAUACCAGAAAGUGGUCGGUUGAUAUAACCGCUUUGCAGGAUCAAUUGGAAAAUCCUAAACUCUAUUCUCAAUUUAGAUCUUUGUCUCAACUGAAGGACAGCGACAGUAAGCGUUCAAUACCUACCAUUGUUGUUGACGAUACGUCGCCUCCGUCAUCUGUAAAGAGAAAGGGUAAUGGUGGUAGUACGCCCAAAGGCACACCUAACGCUAUUAAAAAAACUAAUACGAUGAAAACUCCAGUUGUGAAGGCUUUAGAGCCCAUUGAGAAAGAAAAUUCAUUGGGAUCAGUUAAGGAAGCUCUAGAGGAGGAGCCGGAAGAGGAAGAAGAGGAGGCAGAAGAGGAGGAAGAAGAAGACGAUGAUAAUGAAGAAGACGGGGAGGAAGAAGCUGCAAAGGAGCAAUUAAUAACUGAGGAUGUCUAUACAGGUCCGAACGCAACCAGAGUUCGAGAUCAAAAAGAUAAUAUUUCAGCCCUUUCAGCCAUGGAAGAGCAGCUCGACGAAAAAAUGAAGCUAGAGAAAUUAAGGGCAGCCAGUAAAUCGUUAACGAAUCUAUAUCUAUCUACAGGUUUAGUUUGUUGUAUACUAGUUGCCGUUCUCUUCCAAAGCGUUACGGAUUCGCUGGAAAAGUCCCUGCUUAAGAAUUACUUAACCGUAAUCGCCUUCCAACUACUGCUUACCAACACGCUCACACAUCCAAUCAUUUUAGCCGCCAUGGAUAAAAAAGUUCGAAAUGCCCUUAUCAGGCUUAAAAAUCAUCUAACACAUUGGAAAUUUGUAUGUUAUUGUGGUUUUGGUGCGGCAGCAGCCGCAAAGAGAGCAAGGCCUAAAAAGCAAGCACCUCAGCACGUAUAA